CCUUAAGAAAUUUUCAGAUGUACUUAUACAAUUAUUUAUAAAAUGUGUGAAUAAAUAUAGUUGUGAUGAAAUGCAACUAUGUCGAGAUACCGCCGAAAGGGUAAUUCAUACAAAAACCACAACACAUCCAAUGAUAACCAUAAUUCUAAUGAUAUUUUUAUCCUCGAUAAAAAAUUCCAGCCUUUUGGGAAACCGGAGGAGAACUUGGAAUAUAAAUCGAAGCUUAUUUGUAACAUACUGAGCACUCCACUAACCGAAUAUAUGGAUACCUUUCUGGAUUAUUUCACCAAUGACUAUGAUUCAUUUAAGCAAUGUGUUAAUUAUUUGUCAGUUAAGCCAUCAAAUGAAAAGUUUUUAAUAAAAUCGAGUACAAGUCAAAUAUCCUCAAGCUACACUUACAAGCCCAAAUAUCCAAACGAGAAUGAGGAAAAUUUUUUAUUUAAUUCACCCUUGAAUGGUAAACUUGAUUGUAUCAAGUUGAAAUACCAAUCUAGCAACAACAUCUACGAUCCUUGUGAUAAUCAAUCUGCAUUGGAUGACCUAGGUAUAUAUGAGACCAUGAUCGGCUCUUCAGAGCUAACUGAUAUAACCAAAAUGAUGGAUGAUGAAUUCAACUCACACUAUGUUAAGGCAAACAAUUUCCAGAGUUUCUUCAUCGAUGUCACAAAAUUACUAAUAAAACUUCCCGAUUUAGGCUCAGAUUUGCUCUUAGCACCUCAAUUGAUACUUAUACUUCUCGACUACAUUAUCAUUCCAUACUUCUUCACCUAUAUUGAAACGAUGUAUGAACGCCAUAAUGUAAAGGAGGUUGAAAAAUUAAUGGAAGUCUGCAAAUCACUGCCUAAUGACGUGUGCAUUACGAUUUCAAACGACGUCAAAACUCACAUUUACCAUUCCUUCAUCUGUAGGAGCGGGUAUAUUUACGACAAGUUGACCAAAAAUAAGGAGAAUGAGUUCCGAUUCCACAUUUCAUCGAGGCUUAAAAACAUACCUCCAACGCCGGAUAUUUUUAGAAAUUCAGUCAGUGAGAUCAAGGAUGAGGAUGUUGGAAGCCUGGUCGUAUUAACGUGUACAGUAGUUCUUUCAGGUGUAAUGAGUAUCAUCGAAGACGAACGUGAGUAUGUUUGUAAAACCUGUUUCAAGUCUUUUGUAUCCAAAGCCUCAUGUGAAUCUUAUUUAUAUACAAGCCAAUUCAGGUGCCCGCUUUUUCAAGAAGGAACAUAUCCAAAGCAAAGGUGUCCAGGAUCAACAUUUGAUAAGGGAGCAUACUUUUCAAGAUCAGACUACCAAGAAAUUAGGUGCCAAUCAAUCUUUAACUCUGAUUGUAAUAUAAGCUCAAUAUCAGCUAUUCCAGUGGUUCUUAGAAAAGAAAUUUGCGGAACAUGUUUCCCAGGCGAUACUGUCCAUGUCUCAGGGUUUGUCAGAAGAAGGUGGUCUAGAGUAAAGAAUGGGGAAAGGUGCGAGUCUGAAUUAUUCAUUGAUGCUAAUAAUAUCGAGUGCGUUAAUUGGAAGGCAAUAAGUGGAAUCAACAAUGUGAUAUACCAACAAGCAAACUCAUACGAGGACUUUUGGAACUAUCACAGAAACGAUGAAAUAUCUUCAAGAAAUAUUAUCAUCAAUUCUAUUUGCACUGAUCUUCUAAAUGUUGAUAAUGCCAAGCUAGGGCUAAUCCUAACGCUAAUAGGUGGAUUCUCGACUGACGAUAAACUCGAUGAGAACAAUAACAGAUGGGCAAAAUACUUCAACGAUCAAUCGAAAAAUAACAAAUUCAACCGAGAUGAGGUUUUUGAGGGUGUGAAGAAGAAGGGGAAUAGAACUAGAACUCAAUGCCAUAUCCUAUUUGUUGGGGAUCCGGCUACAGGGAAAUCACAUUUGUUAGAAUACGCAACUGAAAUUUCAUACCGGCAUGUCUCUGUAAUAGGCACCAACUGCACAUCCGUUGGAUUAACCUGUACAAUAGUCAGGGAUGGAGGAGAUAGUAUGCUAGCAGCAGGCGCCCUAGUAUUAGCAUCGGGAGGAAUUUGCUGUAUUGACGAGUUUUCGGAGAUAAGAAAUGAUGAUAAAUCCUGUUUACAUGAGGCCAUGGAACAACAAGUGAUUUCAGUAGCAAAGUCAGGGUUAAAGUGUACCCUUAACUGUCAGUGUACUAUAAUUGCCUCAUCAAAUUAUAAAUUCGGUAAGCAAAUUAGUAAAAAGAAGCAGGAAGAUCAAACAGUCAAUGAACACAGAAUCAUCAAUAUUAACACCCCCUUACCGCUUCUAACAAGAUUCGACUUAAUCAUUGUGAUGACUGAUAACUCAACAGAAGAGUUGGAUAUAGUCGAAUUUCUGCUCGAUGAUGAUAAUGAGAGGUUGAAUAGCAUGACCAGUGAUGAGAAAUCUAAUUUAGACUGGUCCUCUGUGAAUACAAUGAAAAACUAUAUACAAUUUGUUAGGGAAAACUUAAUGCCUUCAAUGCCCCCUUCUUGCCAACUGAUAAUUGAUAGAUAUUACGCUGAGAUUCGAACAAUAUCGUUCAAUUUGGAAUAUGGUGGUGGACCAACAGUAAGAACCGUAGAAAGCAUCGUAAGAUUAUCCCAGGCACAUGCCAGAUUAAUGUUCAGAAACAUAAUCAAGGUCUUUGACGUUGUUUCUGUAAUAUUAAUCAUGGAGUUUGGGCUACAAGGGUAUACAAUUGGGUGUAUAAAUGCGAAAGACCAAGUGGUGGAUAGAACAGGGCUUUUUUGUAAUAUAAAAGGAAUCUUUAACCAAUAUGUAAAGAAUAAUGCCUAUAAGUUUAAAGGUGUGGAUACGAAUGAAGUAAAAUUUCCGAAUGGAAUCACGACGCAGCCAAUGUAUGAUUAUUUCGAAGGACUUCUCUUUGAGAGAUUGAAAUUGGCAAGGUCUGAGAAUAACCCGGAAGACAUUUUAAGUCUGUAA